CCACCCGAUCUUCCUUAUCUCCAUUUUCUUUUUCUUUUGCUUUAUUUUCAACCCAACAAAUAUACAACAUUAAGUAAUUUCUGUAGUUGCGAACAAUCUCUUUUAGGAGUUCUCGAACGGAAUGGGAAAAACAUUCUUCAGGAAUUCUUGAAGCCGAUCUAUUUCUUGGAAUUGGGGACUCUUCAUCGAGAAUUUCAUGGAUUCGAAUAACUGGAGGCCUACUCCUCCCAGUGGUGAAAACACUAUGGAUGGUGGUGAAUGGAGAUCCACAUUGCAGCCUGACUCACGUCAAAGAAUUGUCAACAAGAUAAUGGAUACGUUGAAGAGGCACCUUCCAUUUUCUGGCCAAGAAGGUUUAAAUGAACUCAGGAAAAUUGCUGAGAGAUUUGAGGAAAAGAUUUUUACAGCUGCAAGCAGCCAGUCUGAUUAUCUAAGGAGAAUAUCGUUGAAGAUGCUUACAAUGGAGACCAAGUCUCAGAAUACCAUGCCCAACACUGGGAAUAGUAGCAAACCUCCUGAUCCAGGUUCUCAGGGCAUGCAAAACCAAGUUCACAGUCAGGGGCAAUCUGUUCCUAUACCAUUACAAAGUAAUCAAUCUCAAGCACGUCAACAACUGUUACCCCAGAGUGUUCCAAAUAACAUGGCAUCUGCUGGAGUUCAGAGUUCUGCUGGUUUACAAUCUGGAAUGCCUCCUGUCUCUGGUCUAUCCCAGAAUCCUAUAUCCAGUGUUGUUGGGCAGAAUUCCAACAUGCAAAACAUGUCAGGAAUUUCACAGAACUCAAUGGGGCAAGGAAUGCCUUCCAAUAUUUUUGCUAAUCAGCAGAGGCAAAUGCAAGGAAGGCAACAGGUGCUUCCUCAACAGCAGCAGCAGCAGCAGCAGCUAUAUCACCAGCAGCUACAACAACAACUUAUGAAGCAAAAGAUUCAACAGGGGAAUCUCCAACCCUCGCUCAUGCAGUCUCACAUGCAGCAACAGCAGCAGCAAAACCUAUUACCACCUACUCAGUUGCAAUCUUCCCAGCAAUCCGGUAUGCAACAAUCAGCCAUGCAAUCAACUCCUCUUCCUGGUCUUCAACAGAACCAGCAACAGUCGACACAGUCCAUGCUUCAGCAGCAUCAACAGUCGGUCCUUAGACAGCAGCAGCAGCCACAACAGACCACCAAUUCUGGUAUUCAUCAACAACAAACUCCAAUGACACAGCAGUCAAUGAUACCUCAGCAGCAACAACAACAGCCUCUGCAACAGCAGCAGCCACAAAUGAUGAGGCAACAGACAAAUGCUGCAAAUAUACAACAGAACCAGUUAAUUGGACAACAAAACACCAUUGCAGACAUGCAGCAGCAGCGACUACUAGGUCAGUCUAGUAAUCUUCCAAACCUGCAGCAACAACAGCAGCAGUUAAUGGCUCAACAAAACAACCUUUCAAAUAUACACCAGCAACAGUUGGGUUCUCAGAGUAAUAUUUCAGGAUUACAGCAACAGCAAUCUAAUCAGCAAUCUUUACACAUGCUAUCCCAGCAUAAGGUUCCACUCCAACAAGCCCAGCAGACUGCACCUAAUUUGUUACCAACUCAAGGACAAACAUCCCAGCAGCCACAGCAGCAACUGAUGUCUCAGAUGCAACAACAGUUGGGUUUGCAACAACAGCCCAAUCAAGUACAACAAAAUAUGCAGCAGAGACUUCAAGCAUCGGGCCAAACACCAAAUUCCUUGCUUCAAGCACAAAACUUGAUUGAUCAGCAAAAGCAGUUGUAUGAGUCACAGAGAGCUGUUCCAGAGACAUCAUCGACAUCUUUAGAUUCCACAGCUCAAACAGGACAGGCAAAUGGGGGUGAUUGGCAAGAAGAGGUCUAUCAAAAGAUCAAGGCCAUGAAAGAGACAUACUUACCAGAAUUAAAUGAGAUGCACCAGAAAAUUGCUGCCAAGUUGCUACAGCAUGAUUCUCUUCCACAGCAGCUAAAGUCCGAGCAACUUGACAGGUUGAAAAAAUUCAAGUCAAUGUUAGAGCAUCUUUUACAUUUCUUAACAUUUUCCAAAGCCAAUAUAGUACCAGCUUACAAGGAUAAGUUGAGUUCGUAUGAGAAACAGAUAAUAAAUCUUAUAAAUACCAAUAGGCCAAGAAAACCUGUCUCAGCAAUGCAGCAAGGACAGCUUCCUCCACCUCAUAUGCAUUCCAUGCAGCAGCCUCAACCUCAAAUUAAUCAAACACAAUCUCAUGAGAACCAAAUGAACCUGCAGUUGCAGUCAAUAAAUUUACAAGGUUCUAUGCCAACAAUGCAGCCGAACAACAUGACAAGCAUGCAGCAUAAUUCCUUGUCUACUUUACCUGGGGCUUCUACAGCACAGCAGACCAUGUUAAACUCACUGCAACCAGGUUCCAAUUUGGAUCCAGGACAAGGUAAUGCUCUAGGCUCAAUGCAGCAGGUUGCAACAGGACCUUUGCAACAGAAUCCUGUGUGUACCUCUCAACAGGCAAAUAUUAGUAAUUUGUCAUCACAAAGUGGGUUAAGUGUCCUGCAGCAGAACAUGAAUCCUCUCCAAUCAAAUUCCAGCAUGCUUCAGAACCAGCAUAUGAAACAACAGCAGGAACAUCAAAUUUUGCAGUCACAAAAGUACAAACAACAGUUACAACAGCGGCAGAUGCAGCAACAAUAUCUGCAGCAGAAGCAUCAGCUAAUGCAACAGCAGCAGUUGCACCAACAAGCAAAGCCACAGCUGCCCACUCAAUUGCAGUCACACCAGAUGCCACAGCUGCAUCAGAUGAAUGAUGCAAAUGAUAUGAGGCAGGGGAUCAGUGUUAAGCCAGGGGUUUUCCAACAGCACCUCCCAGCAGGCCAGCGUCAACCUUAUAACCAUCAACAGUUGAAACCAGGUGCUCAAUAUCCUAUUUCUUCACCUCAGCUCCUUCAAGCUGCAUCUCCUCAGAUGUCUCAGCAUUCUUCCCCACAGAUUGAUCAGCAGAGCCUGGUAACAUCCAUCUCAAAAACUGGAACCCCUUUACAAUCUGGAAACUCACCUUUUGUUGUUCCUUCACCUUCAACUCCCUUGGCUCCAUCACCUAUGCCUGGGGAAUCCGAAAAACCGGUUCCAGGCACUUAUUCUCUCUCAAAUGCUGUAAAUGUUGGACUUCAACAAGGAACUGGUGUUCAAACGGGCUCUCAAUCCCUUGCAAUUGGCACUCCAGGGAUAUCAGCUUCACCUCUACUUGCGGAGUUCACAGGUGCCGAUGGAACACGCGUUAAUGCUUUGACAGCUGUUUCUAGCAAGUCAAGCAUUACAGAGCAGCCUCUUGAACGUUUAAUGAAGGCGGUGAAAUCCAUGUCACCUUCUGCUCUGUGUGCUUCUGUAAGUGAUAUUGGAUCAGUUGUCAGCAUGACUGACAGGAUAGCAGGGUCUGCACCAGGUAAUGGGUCUAGAGCUGCAGUUGGUGAGGAUCUGGUUGCUAUGACGAAGUGUCGCCUACAAGCAAGAAAUUUCUUCACUCAAGAUGGAAUGAGUGGGACGAAGAAAAUGAAGCGCAACACUAGUGCCAUGCCGCUAAAUGCGGUAUCUUCUGUAGUCAGCAUAAAUGAUAGUUUCAAACAGUUAACUGGUUCAGAGACAUCCGACUUGGAGUCAACAGCAACAUCUACUGUCAAGAGGUCAAGAAUUGAGGCUAAUCAUGCCCUUUUGGAAGAAAUAAGGGAAAUAAAUCAACAACUUAUAGACACAGUGGUUGAUACCAGUGAUGAAGAUGUUGAUUCUGGUGCAGUAGCAGCAACUGCUGAAGGGGGUUCAGGAACAAUUGUCAAGUGCUCUUUCAGUGCUGUGGCUCUCAGUUCAAACUUGAAAUCAAUGUACAUGUCAGCGCAAAUGUCACCAAUUCAGCCCUUGCGUUUGCUUGUCCCCACAAAUUAUCCAAAUUGUUCCCCAAUCCUAUUGGACAAGUUUCCAGUUGAAGCCAGUAAGGAGCAUGAAGACCUUUCCGUAAAAGCAAAGUCUAGGUUUAGCAUUUCGUUGCGAACCCUUUCACAGCCUAUGUCACUAGGUGAGAUUGCAAGGACUUGGGAUGCUUGUGCCAGAGCCGUAAUUUCUGAGCAUGCACAACAGAGCGGUGGAGGCAGCUUUAGCUCAAAAUAUGGGACUUGGGAGAACUGCUCAAUGGCUGCAUAGACAUCUUUACCAUCUCAAAUCAAAGUGUAAAUUGGCGAUAACUUGCGACAAUUGCUUUCCUCAGGAGCGAAUAAGCAGUUUGAGGAUGCAUAUCUUGAUAAUCAAGUCCACUCAUGGAAGCAGCCUCUGCUGAUGUUUUGUGUCAACUUGAUAAAACUCCCGAGGUUUGCUUCAGUAAAUUAUGCCAAUAUAUAAUUAUUAUUGUUUCUUGCAAGGGUCUAAACAUGCAACAUUUUGGUCAACUGUGCUACCACUUCCUGUUUUAUGAAUUGUGUUUUGUGUAUUUGUAGUAUUUCUAGGCUUCUCGUGCUUUUCUGGAAUUGUGCUGUAAAUUCUGUCUUCAAUCUGUCAGGUCGGUUUUGAUGAUCAAAGCAAAAUUCUAGUUAUGAUUAAUUACCAAUAAGAGAUUUGUUGUAAUCUUUGGCAAUACUGUAACUAAUGCGGAGUUAUU